CUGCGCCCUCCCCACCCGCCAGGCUCUGGAAGGACCCUGGAGCGGCCGCCGGCAUCAGCCCAUGGCCCGGAGGUACGAUGAGCUACCCCACUACCCAGGCAUCGUGGACGGGACAGCAGCCCUGGCAGGCUUCUCUGAGACAGUGCCCUCUGCACCCCGGGGCUCUGGGCCCUACGGCCCCCACCGGCCUCCCCAGCCCCCGGCCCCAGGCUUGGACAGCGACGGCCUGAAGAGGGAGAAGGAUGAGAUCUACGGACACCCGCUCUUCCCACUGCUGGCCUUGGUCUUUGAGAAAUGUGAGCUGGCCACCUGCUCACCCAGAGAUGGGGCCAGCGCUGGGCUGGGCACACCCCCCAGCAGCGACGUCUGCUCUUCUGACUCCUUCAACGAGGACAUUGCGGCCUUCGCCAAACAGAUCCACUCCGAGAGACCUCUCUUCUCCUCCAACCCAGAGCUGGACAACCUGAUGAUCCAGGCCAUUCAGGUGCUCCGGUUCCACCUGCUGGAGCUGGAGAAGGUCCACGACCUGUGCGACAACUUCUGUCACCGCUACAUCACCUGCCUCAAGGGAAAGAUGCCCAUCGAUCUGGUCAUCGAGGAUCGGGACGUCGGCUGCAGGGAGGACCUCGAGGACUAUCCAGCCUCCUGCCCCAGCCUCCCAGACCAGAAUAACACAUGGAUCAGAGACCAUGAGGACAGUGGGUCUGCCCAUUUGGGGACUCCGGGUCCAUCCAGCGGGGGCUUGGCCUCUCACAGUGGGGACAACUCCAGCGACCAAGGAGAUGGGCUGGACACAAGCGUGGCCUCUCCCAGCUCUGGGGGAGAGGACGAGGAGCUGGACCAGGAGCGGCGGCGGAAUAAGAAGCGAGGGAUCUUCCCCAAGGUGGCGACCAACAUCAUGCGAGCCUGGUUGUUCCAGCACCUCUCGCACCCGUACCCCUCAGAGGAGCAGAAGAAACAGCUGGCACAGGACACGGGGCUCACCAUCCUGCAGGUCAACAACUGGUUCAUUAACGCCCGGAGACGCAUCGUGCAACCCAUGAUCGACCAAUCCAACCGCACAGGGCCAGGCGCCGUCUUCAGCCCCGAGGGCCAGCCCGUGGCAGGCUACGCUGAGACUCAGCCGCAUCUGACUGUCAGGCCGCCCGGCUCAGUGGGCAUGAGUCUGAACUUGGAAGGAGAGUGGCAUUACCUCUAGAGGCGGAGUUCAGGAGACUCCAGCUUCCAGACGCGACCACAGCCUGUGCCCACUUGGUCCCUGCCAGGCCCUCUGCUUCAGGACUCCAGCUCCAAAGGCCCCUCCACUUAAUGCCUACCUCCCUGGGGCCCCACCGGGACAUGGGGGACCUGAGCGUCCACUUGAGGGUCUCUCAAGGACACAGACAAGACCUCCAGGCCCUGCACCUGCUUCUGCCUUCACCUUUGCCUGGGACCUGAGAGCCUGUGCAUGGUCUGCAGAAGAUGGUGGCCAGGGCCCACCUCCAGGACAGAGAAGGGACUGGGAGUGGGCUGGGGCCAUCGGGGAAGGGGGUCAC